UGCCACCCCAUGUCACACUCCUGUCCGCCCCAAGAUGUCCCCUCCUGGCUGAAGAGCCCGGGGCUGCACAAAUACACGGCGCUUUUCUCCCAAAUGACGUACAAGGAGAUGAUGACGCUGACGGAGCAUCACCUCGAGUCACAGAAUGUCACCGAGGGCGUGCAGCAGAGGAUCCUCCUCAGCAUCCAGAGGCUGCGGGAGCGGCUGAGUGUCCUCAGGGCGCUGGAGAAGGACAUCCUAGAGGGGGACAACCUCCAACAGAUCAUAGCAACACCCAUUAAAGCCCUUCGCCCCCCCCCCCCCUUAUCCGCUCCCCACCCAAACGACACCUCCGUCGGGGCCCCCCCAGUGGCCACCGAUGCCUUCGCCCCCCACCCGGCCACCGACGCCAAAGCCCCCGCAGCCCCCGUCCCAGACAGGGACAUCCGGGGGCAGUUCACCCAUGUCAUGGACAGAGUCUGCACCCAACUCCUGAAUUCGUGGAUGGAUGAGGAGAACAUCACCAGUUACCUCCAGCUCCUCGAGAAGUGCCUGAGCCACGAGGCGUUCACAGAGACGCAGAAGAGGUGGCUCCUCUCCUGGAGGCGGCGGGUCCUGAAGCUGCUCGGCGCCUUCCCCAAGAAGGUUCCGCUGUGAGGCCCCAGCUAUCGGCCCCCCAUGGGGUAGGUGGGACCCCCCUCA